AUGGUCGGAGACGCAAAGAGACGACGCUCGAUGAGGCUCCAAGCCGUACGCGACGAGCGCAUAGGGAAUACUGGCCAGUAUGAGUCCGUUAUGGUAGGCUCAGGCUCAAGCUCGGACGAUGAUUUCGAAACAUCUGCACAGGAGUUUGGUGACAUGGCGGAGAUGGGGCUCACACCGGAGGAGGAGGCCAUGUAUCCGACUAUUAAGACACGUGGCACCACCAGGCAACUCUUGAGAGCAGUGACUAAUCUCAAAGCACGGCAACGCCAGGCAGUGAGGGAAAUCGGUUUUGGCCAUCUUCUGAAUUUGGGAAUCAGGGAAACUCCACAACGGCUAGGCCACUGGUUGGUCACUAACUUCAAUCCAUCCGACCUGACAUUGACGGUUCAAGGCGAUAGAAAGAUUCAGAUUGGCAAGGAGGAUGUUGCUGCGUGUCUUGGACUUCCCAUGGGUGGAGUUCCAAUCACCGUACGGGGGAAACGGGAGGUCGGUCCAAUGCUGCGUGAGUGGAGGUGUAAAUUAGGUUGUCCAGAAGGCAAUAUUACACCUACAGAGGUGUGUGAUGCUUUACUGGGAGACGAAAUCGGUGGUGAUUGGUUUAAGCGCCAUUUCUCCGUUAUCGUGGCUACCACGCUAAUUGAGAGCAACCAGAACGGGAAUGCUAAUCAGCAGAUACUUCACAUGCUCGAUGAUGUGGUGCAGAUUGAGAAUCUGGAUUGGUGUGGUUACCUGCUUCAGUCCUUGGUGCACACCCAUGCUGACUGGUUGCAGCAUAAGGUCCAGAAAUAUACUGGACCCAUAGUGUUCCUUACUAUCCUAUACAUGGAUCGCGUGGUGUUUGGCAGCCGGGGUGUUCCUAGGUUUUAUCCAGCACUGAGGGGAUGGACCACUAAACUUCUGAAUCACCGGCAACUCCAAGAGAUAAAGGGUGGGGGAUUUGGGAUGGGCGACAUUGACGUGCCGUUGAGGCCAGGUGCACCAACGGUGCUUGAUGGUCUCUCACAUCAUGUACCAGGGCGUAUGGACCAAGCUAGUGAGGAGCAGAGUUUUAUUGCUCGGUUAGUUGACAAAGUAAAAGCACUUGCUGCUGCUGUGGUGGAAAUCGCAGAAAUUGUGAGACAUGCCCCCCCAGAGGUUACAUUAGACGAGAGUUUCAAGCAAAUGUUGGAGGUAGUGCAUAUACUGUUGGGGUUGAGGGAAGUUCCUCCAAGUGACAAUGCCUUUUGGGCCAAACUAGAGAACCUCGAAGGGUCGGAGGUAAUAAAGAAAGCUAUUGAGAUGAGGCAAGUCCUUAGAGACAUGCCUAGUUUUAGCCCGGGUCUGACCCAAGACGUCAAGAUGCCUGACUCAACAGACAUCAAGGCCAACCUAGAGAACCUCGAAGGGUCGGAGGUAAUAAACAAAGCUAUUGAGAUGAGGCAAGCCCUUAGAGACAUGCCUAGUUUUAGCCCGGGUCUGACACAAGACGUCAAGAUGCCUGACUCAACAGACAUCAAUGGGGACGUCAGGGAGUUCGCAACUGCUGCCACGACAUUAGCGGCGUUGGACGAAGGACAUCCUGCCGAGGAAAGCGUGGAGGAAGUAUUGGCAGAUGUUGAGGUUUGUCCAACAUCACCAUUCCAAUUCAAAGCUCAGCAGGAAUCACCGCAGGACACCCCUGGCCCUGGUGUUAUGACGCACACUAAAUAGCCUGUCAUCG